AUGAAGUUGCUUGAAGAUAUCUAUGAGACCGUGGCUCCGAUGCUAACAAAAAAGGGUAAAUUGAGAUCACCACUUCUCCCCCCAGCUAAGAAAUUGAGAGAUGUACUAGGGACCGGCUCAGUGGACAAGGGCCUCAGCAGGCCGGAGAUGGUGGACGUCGGAACUGACACCGUUCUGACUCCUAAUUGGGGGGAGAGCGAGCAGGAGCGCCGGAAGAAGGAGUCGUCAAAACGUCGCGCAGCCAAGGCAGGUGCACGGGGGUCAUCAGCGGUGGAAAAUCAUGCCGAUACUGGAGCUGAUUCGGCGAUGGAGACGGAUGGCGAAGGGUGGAGGGAAGUUGUUGGCAGGAAAGCAACUGCAGCUCCGCACAGUGGAAGAGCAAUGGGCCUUCCUAUACCUAUGAGGACUGGGGCGAAGUUCAGGGCUAAGCCUCCGGCGGUUUUAGUCAAGGUGGCUGCCGGCUCGUCGUACGCUGACACCGUUCGUGCAGUAAGGAAUAACAGCGAGGUGAACUUGGUUGAGCUGGGAGCUCAGGUUACUGGCAUGCGCAAAACCAGGGAUGGGCACUUGCUGGUUGAGUUAGCCAAAGGUGCGGGAUCUGUAGUAGCAGCCCAGAAAUUGUCGUCGGCCAUAGCCACCAGGUUGGGUGAUGCGGUUGGAGGAGUGUCACAGCUUAGCCAGUUUACUGUUGUUGAGAUUGUUGACCUCGACGCAGUGACGACCGAGGGUGAGGUUCUUUCGGCAUUGCGGGCGGCAAUACCCGGAUCCGAAGACGACCAAGCUGCAAAUUGCGAACGACAGGCAGUUCAAAUCACUGGCCUUUGGUCCACCAGGUCCGGCCAGCAAAUUGCUACCGCCAGAAUGACUAGAGCUUCUGCCGCUAUUGUAACUCGCGUCCCUAUUGGAUGGACAAUGUGCCGCGUUCGUCCUAGGCGUCCUGAACCCGAAAAGUGCUUUAGAUGUCACGGAUUCGGUCAUCUGAGUGAUAAUUGCUCCGGGCCCGACUUAUCGUUGAAUUGCAGACGCUGUGGAGAACCAGGACACGAACUUAAAGACUGUUUGGCGGACAAGGACCGAUGUGUUGCAUGUGAGAGAGCAGGCAUUGAACGUUUUGAACAUAAGCCAGGUUCAGGUAUGUGCAAAGCCAGGAAGGAGGCGCUCAAGUUACUUGCUGGGCACAAUUCGCAAGCGCAGUCUUGGCGGGAAGCCAGCGGAGAUGGAUCACGCUCGAAGCAAUGA